ACCUAUUGCUCACAUGCGCAAAAUCUUCUCAACAAUUAUGUUUGUUAUCUUAAACCUAUCUUUGCAUUUGGAUGAUUAAGUACUAUAACUGAUGAUGCUAAUGAUUCAUCAAGCAGUGUCCAAGUCUUCUUCAUCUACCGAUCUAUUCACAUCCGGAGUUUCAAGUCAGUGCAGUACUGAUGCAGCUACUUCUGGUCUUGGAAGUUCACAGUAUGUCCUUCAAAAAUGCCACGUGGGGGAUUUUGUUCCAGAACAAGAAAAACAAGGGAGACAAUCGCUAUUUCAUAUUUCUGGAAGUCAAGAAAUAAUCCAAACAGAAGUAAAUCAAAAGGCGAUACAAAUUGAGAAUGAAAUAGUUCAUAUGGAGGCAGACUUUACAUUUCCAGUUUGUUCUGUAUGCAACAAUAAAAGACUGAAAAUUGGAUCCAAGAGAGACUUUAGUUAUAUAGAACUCUAUACUGCUACACAAGGAUUUUCUGCCAAGAACUUUCUGUCAGAAGGUGGGUUUGGAUCUGUCUACAAAGGACAAGUUAAUGGAAUGACAAUUGCUGUUAAGCAACAUAAAAGUGCAAGCUUCCAAGGAGAGAAGGAAUUUAGGUCUGAAGUUAAUGUACUUAGAAAAGCAAGACAUGAGAAUGUUGUCAUGCUUUUAGGUUCAUGUUCAGAAGGAAAUAAUCGACUUCUUGUUUAUGAGUAUGUCUGCAAUGGCUCACUUGAUCAACAUCUAUCAGAACACUCUAGAUCACCUCUUACUUGGGAAGAUAGGAUCAAAGUAGCUAUUGGAGCUGCCAGAGGCUUACUAUACCUGCACAAAAAUAACAUAAUACACAGAGAUGUCAGACCAAACAAUAUCCUUGUAACACAUGAUCUUCAACCAUUGAUUGGAGAUUUUGGACUAGCACGAACUCACAACAAAGACUUGACACACUCAACUGAAGUUGUUGGUACCUGGGGUUAUUUGGCACCAGAAUAUGCAGAAUAUGGCAAGGUGUCAAGUAGAACAGAUGUAUAUUCUUUUGGAGUGGUCCUAUUACAGCUUAUUACUGGAAUGAGAACUACAGACAAAAGACUUGGAGGAAGAAGCCUUGUUGGAUGGGCAAGGCCUCUUUUAAGAGAGAGAAAUUAUCCAGAUCUAAUUGAUGAAAGGAUCAUUGAUACUCAUGAUUACCAUCAAUUAUUUUGGAUGAUAAGACUAGCUGAGAAAUGUCUAAGCAGGGACCCUAAAAAAAGACUAAGUAUGGUUGCGGUUGUUAAUGCUUUGACGGACAUAUCGGAAGGCAACACAUGUGACAUUGGAACAGGAGAUUACUCCCCAGCAAGAUCAGAUUCAUCCUAUAGUGAAUCAGAAUUUGAUGAAAAUGAUGAGAAUGAACCCUUUGAGCAAGGUGAAUUACUAAGAACUAUUUCAGAAUCCACAGAAAGCAAUGAAUACAUAAGUCAGAUGAGGCAUAUGACUGUGAGGCAGCCACCAUCCCCUCCCAUUAAAAGCAUCUGUUCAAGUGGCUCAAGCUCAUUUCAGUUUUCUGAUGAAUCUAGUGAUUAUGAAGCACAUAACAGAAGUAACACAGAAAUGCCUACAUAUAAAAUGGGUUUACUCAACUCUUAGAUGGUACUAAAAGGCUAUAAAAGAAAAAACAAGAGAGUAUUUCAGUUAAGGGCAGGGCAGGGGCAGCCCGGUGCACUAAAGCUCUCGCCUACGCAGGCUUCGGUGCACUUUGGAGUAUUUCAGUUAAGAUCAUUAAAAAAUAAACUCUCCACUUUAAUUAUAGUGUUGAAGUGGUACCUUUGUGAUAGAAUGAGUUUAGGUAAACUUGUGGAGCCUUGUAUUGUCUUAAUUAGUGUUUCACACUAUCAAUAAAAUAUAUUUG